AUGAACCUGGACCCUCUAACGUUUAGCUUAUCACAAAUAAAUUAUCUUGUUGUAAAUUUAAAUAAGAAGAACUUUAAACAGACAAGUCAAGAGUUGUCCCAGAUUGUCAGUCUCUAUGGCUUGGAAGCAGAGAAUCAACUGCUGAGGUGUCUGCUCAGUGAGGCGGCUAAAACGUGGGACGAGCGUACUGCAUCCAGCGUGCAUGCUUCACUCCUCGCCCAGCACUUGGCCUGUCUGCUGAACCACCCCGCUAAGUCUACGGUGAUCUGCCAAGCAGUUGAUCAACCCACACGCUCCCUGCAAAAGGUUUUAAAACCAACGAAUUCACUACUUAGUCGACUAGCAAGGUUGCUGAAAUUUACGACAGCCCAAGAUGUUGCCUUCACAUUGGUGCUGAGAAGAAAUUCUUCGAAACCUGAAAUUGUUUCUCUUGCCAAACAGCAUUUAAAGAAAAGAUUUUUGGACUUUGUCCAGUGUUAUCUUGACGCAGAGCGUGGUCAUCAAGUCGAGCGUGCGGGACUUCAGGAAUGCAGCCCUGAAGUUUUGCAAACUCUUCUAACCAGUCUCGCCUACGAGAACUUCCGGCUCGCAGCCGUCACGAAGGAUUUGUUUUUGAAACGCCUGCGUAUAGACUUUCCUCGCGAGGUUGUUCCUAUUGUACUAGCGCCCCUGCUGUACCCCGACGACACACAGACUCCUUUGGAGGAGAUGACAACGUCUGAUGAUAUGACAGCAGCAAUGAUGGACAAUACUUUAGCGGAAAUCAUUCGAGACAUCGGAUAUGCCUUCACGGCUUCCGUCGAAGACUGCAAAAAUAAUAUGGUCAAUUUUGGUGCUAGAGAGCCCACAGCCAUUGACGUUGCUAGAAUCAUAUCUACUAUGAUCAAGUAUCAUGCGACUAUACAAGAAGCCCCACAUGUACAAACUCCAGGAAAUUUCUGGAUGAAUCAUGAGGCCAAAAAGGAGGCCAUGACCCAUGGGCACGUCGGAGAAACGUGGAACCCAGAAGUAUUUGUCCAGACACUCAAAGAACUUGCUUCAAAUUUAAAUUGGAAGGAAGUCAUUCUACAAUUAGAUCAUCCAGAAUUCAUUGUUCCUGACAGACAGGGUUUGAGCCUACUAUUCACUAUUUUGCGCCUAGGUCUCCAGAGUGCUGGAUAUCCUGCAAACAUAUUCCCCGUUGAAUACCUUUGCCGUCGUUGGGCGAAUUUGGAAGGUCAAAUGAGUUUAUUAACGAACAUACUCAAACAUCCGGAUAUAUUCAGCUUUGCCGAUCAUCCUUUCCAUCCAGUAUCCAUAGAUCUGCUGAAAUCGCCACCGGAAACAGAUAACAAAGAAGUAUCUACUUGGCGGUGUCUAUAUUUGGUAGAGCUAUUAUUAUAUGCUUCAGAACGCGGCUAUUAUCUGCAAGUACACGAGCUAUUUAAAUAUCCAGUACAACACUGUCCUGACAUACUAUUAUUGGCUUUGUUACAAAUUAGUCCACCUAUAACGGGUUUUAGACAAGAAUUAUUAACGACACUAAUUCCUAUAUUUUUGGGCAACCAUCCAAACUCGGGCAUAGUUUUACAACAUGCAUGGCAUUCACAAAACCCCAAUAUCAAGCCCAUAAUCAUGCACGCAAUGGCAGAUUGGUACAUAAGAGGAGAAUGUGAUCAGUCGAAGCUAUCAAGAAUAUUGGACGUUGCGCAGGACCUUAAGGCUCUAUCCUUAUUGUUGAACGUCCAAUCUUUUCCGUUUAUAAUCGAUUUAGCUUGCUUAGCAUCUCGUAGAGAGUACCUCAAACUUGACAAGUGGCUAACAGACAAAAUACGUGAUCAUGGAGAGACAUUUGUUACUGCCAUGGUUAAAUUCCUUCAACGAAGAUGUCCCCAAAUAAUUGGAAAAAUACCGGAAGACCAAUUGCCCAAAGCGGCGCAGUUACCGCCUGAAACUGUGGGCACAAUGUUGGCUUGUCUACAGUUGUGCAUUCCCAACGUCCAACAAGAAUUACAGGAGGCGAUAUACAAUUUAAUGGCUAGCUGUCAAGCCUUAAUUCUUACGAAGGCUAGACCGGGUAUACCCGGUAUUGCAAGACCUCAUACACGGAUUUUAGAAACUCCAUUCAAUCCAGCUGGCUUGGGGCCUCAGCUUUUUACUCCCCAUGUUGACGCUAUUGCAAAUUUAGCACCGAAUGUCGCUAAUAUGACAUUGGGAGCACCGGCAAAUACAGCUUUUGCUAUGCCAGGUACUCUCGGACCAUUAGUCGCAGCGCCAGGAUCGCCGUCGCGUCUCUUAGGUGCUGGACCCAAUAGUCCCUUUGCUAUGAUGCCUAUGCAGCAACAUGUUGCUAAUGUGGCAAAUAUGGGAGCAUUAGCUCGUAUGCCUCCUACGCCUAUGGACAAACCACGAUUGCCAGAUCCUAUACAUUUACCAGAAAUGAUUCACAAUGUCUCCAAAGAAAUAGAAGACGAAGCCAAUGGUUAUUUUCAAAGGAUUUACAAUCACCCUCCACAUCCUACAUUAUCAAUAGACGAGGUACUAGAAAUGCUUAAGAAAUUCCAAGAUUCGCCCAAUAAAAGGGAACGUGAUGUGUUCUCUUGUAUGCUCCGGAACCUAUUCGAAGAGUACAAAUUCUUCCCACAGUACCCCGACAAAGAGUUGCAUAUUACAGCGCAGUUGUUCGGUGGUAUUAUUGAGAAAGGAUUAGUUCCUAGCUAUGUGUCACUGGGACUAGCUUUGAGAUUCGUCCUAGAUGCUUUACGAAAGCCGGAGGGCUCUAAAAUGUAUUACUUUGGCAUAGCGGCGUUGGAUAGAUUCAAGUCGCGAUUAAAAGAUUAUCACAAAUAUUGCGAACACGUAAGAGCUAUACCGCAUUUUAAUGAAUUCCCUCCACACUUAAUCGAAUACAUUGAGUACGGUCUCCAGAGCCAAGAGCCGCCCACGAAACCGCAGGGUGCAGUUUUACCUACGAGUCUAACCGCCAUCUUGAAUCAGACCGCUGUUAUAACAGUAUCAGCACCUUACAGGGCAGUAAUUUGCGCUCCAAGUGCCAUCUCUGUCAUCUCGAAAGUGUCAAAUUGUAUUGCGGGCGGAAUAGGAAGUCGGCCUUCAAUAGCUAACGCUACCAACAUUGAUACACUACUGACUGCUACCGACAGGGAAGAGAAGAUAAACGCACCACCAGAGGCUAUUCAAGAUAAAACUGCUUUCAUAUUCAAUAAUCUCAGUCAAUUGAACUUACAACCCAAAUGUGAAGAAUUAAAAGAAAUCAUAACAGAAGAAUACUUCCCAUGGCUAUCACAGUACCUAGUGAUGAAAAGAGCGUCCAUAGAACUAAAUUUCCACGCUCUGUAUUCUAAUUUCCUAGACGUUCUAAAAAUUCGUGAAAUAAACAGGCUAGUUACUAAAGAAACUUAUCGGAACAUCAGAGUAUUGUUGCGAUCUGACAAAGGCAUAGCUAACUUUUCUGAUCGAUCGUUACUCAAAAACCUCGGCCAUUGGUUAGGCAUGCUCACCUUAGCUCGCAAUCAACCCAUACUCUACAUCGACCUCGACCUCAAAGCACUCUUACUUGAAGCUUAUCACAAAGGCCAGCAGGAGCUGUUAUAUGUCGUGCCGUUUGUUGCGAAGGUCUUGGAAUCCUGCGCCAAGAACGUCGUAUUUAAACCGCCGAACCCUUGGACAAUGGCCCUCAUGAACGUAUUGGCUGAAUUACACCAAGAACCAGACUUAAAAUUGAAUCUGAAGUUUGAAAUAGAAGUGCUUUGUAAAAACUUGAGUUUAGAUAUAGCCGAUCUUAAACCAUCACUGUACCUGAAGGACCCAGAGAAAGUGAGGACGAUAGAGUUCCAGCUUUCACAACCCAAACCGGUCAAAGAAACCCCCAACGUGAUGCCAGUGAAUCAGACGCUAGUUCCGGCACCACAAAUACAGUUGAUGCCACCGCAGCCUCAGAUGAUACCCGUCGAAGAUAUGUCAGCUGCCGCGCCCACGCCCACCGCUGGCCUGGUCGCCAAUGAUCCAAACCUCAUGGGCGUUUUAGGUCUGCCAGAGCCAAGGUUCAACUACCUCGAUGUCAACGUCUCAUCCACGUCGGCCUUCGGACAGAAAAUAUGUUUCAAUCCGCAUAUCAUUCUGUUCCAAAACUACCCACACUUGAAACAAUUUGUGAAACCUGCUAUCGAAAGAUCGAUUCAAGAAUGGAUACAUCCAGUGGUCGACAGGUCCAUCAAGUAUGCUCUGACGACUUGUGAGCAGAUAAUUAGGAAAGACUUCUCCUUCGACCCCGACGAAGUACGUAUGCGCACUUGCGCGCAUCAUAUGAUGAGGAAUUUAACGGCUGGCAUGGCUAUGAUAACGUGUCGGGAGCAGAUCAUCAGCACCAUCAGCACGAACCUCAAGGCAGCGUUCAUCACCGCACUUAUACCGACCACGCCGCAACAGUUUAACACUUUGCAGAAGGAUAUCAUAGAGAGUGCCGCAGCUGUGCUCGCCACGGAGAACAUGGAGCUUGCUUGUGCUUUCAUACAGAAGACAGCCGUUGAGAAGGCUCUCCCGGAACUCGACAAACGAUUGAUGAACGAUUACGAAAUGCGUAAAAUCGCUCGCCAAGAGGGCAGAAGGUACUACGAUCCCAUUGUCUUGACGUAUCAGACGGAAAGGAUACCGGAAAGGGUCCGCCUACGCGUCGGAGGUCCAACGGACUUGCAGAUAUCUGUCUACGAGGAGUUCGCGUGCAACAUUCCAGGAUUCAUGCCUGUGAGGGACGCUGGAAUGUUCAUACCGAAACCGUCCGCCCAAGAACAAGUGCCACAGAUGACGUUCAAUCAAGUAAUGAAUCCGCAACAGGUAUACGGAACGGAUGAGAUGGGUACACUGAUAUCAGCUGCGGAGUUGUUCCUUAGCAACGCCCUGUCUGUUCCCUCGUUCGCGGUGCAAGCGACUAACAUGCAUACAUUACUGGAAUGCCUCAUCAUAGCCAGACGGAAUCGAGAUAUCGUGUCGGGCUACACGCUCCUCCAACGAGCUGUUGAGGGUCUACUAGACGGUCACAUUGUACAGCCGGGAACGAACCCAGAACACGCUGAAAUGAUGACCCGAUAUCGAGAUAUCCACCUGCGCGUACUGAAACUGUUAGAAGACGCGAGAGUGUAUGGCCACGCGUGGACAACUAAACAAAUCACAUACUGCGUGUCCGAAUGCAGAGAUGAACUGAGAUACAAUUUAGAAGCUAUCGACUGUCUCGUUAGAAACCACCUGAUUAACAUGCCACAGUACGAUCUCGCGUUGGCACAUUUGAUGGAUAACGGCAAUAACUACGUCGCGGUGGCUUUCGCGAUGCAAGUUGUACAGUUGUAUCUCGUGGAUGAUAGGAACAACGUGUACGCAACGGAAUCGGAUCUCUAUCACACUACUGAUACUCUUGUUAGGAUGAUGUCACACUCGAGGCAGCCACCGCCAGAGGGACUUGCCACAUUGAUUGAAACUAUCCGCAUCAACCAGGACCCAAGCACGUAUCUUGGAGAACGCUCACCUCUUGGACCAACUGCUCAUAUACAUAAUGGCAUUUUGCAAGUGCGGGCUCGCGACUACGAAGAUCCACCCGGUCUCCAAGAGAAGACGGAAAAUCUGCUCCGCGAAUGGAGAAAUGUGCUGCUAAGUCCACUCACCGAAAUAGAAAUCGGACAGAACUUCAACAUAUACGUGCACAGAAUGAACAUGAAUGGCAUACUGAAGUCAGAUGAUAUGAUCACACGUUUCUUCCGCAUAGCCACUCAGAUGUGCGUCGAGAAUGUAUACCAGUUAUUGAACGAGGACAGAAUGAAUCCGCCACCGGUGCCGCCGAAGAGGGACAAGUAUUACGCUAUGUGCGAUUCAUUCAUCAAGCUUGUGUCGCUGCUGAUUAAGAAUACAGCUGACGGAGGAAAUCCUACGCCGAAAUUGAACUUAUUGAACAAGAUCCUGGGUAUAAUCGCGGGCUGUCUGCUUCAAGAUCACGAAGAGCACGGCUCCAAUUUCCAGCAGUUGCCGUACCACCGUCUCCUGUUGAUAUUAUUCCUAGACAUGAACAUGGCCGAACCCGUCCUUGAAUCUAUGAACUACCAGGUUCUAACAGCAUUCUGCCAUACACUCCGCAUCAUACGUCCGAGCGUAGCUCCAGGGUUUUGUUACGCGUGGCUGGAAAUUGUCGCCCACAGAGCAUUCGUGAAUCGUGUUCUGGCUGUGACGCCUCAACAGAAGUCUAUCAUGGAAGUAUUGGGUUGGGGGAUGUAUUCGACGCUGCUUAUCGACCUUUUCAAGUUCCUCGAUCCGUUCUUACGUAACACGGAGCUGGCGACGCCAGUCAUGAUGCUGUACAAGGGAACACUCAAAGUGUUGCUAGUAUUGCUCCACGACUUUCCCGAGUUUUUGUGUGACUAUCACUACGGCUUUUGCGAUGAGAUCCCACCAAAUUGCAUACAAAUGAGGAAUCUCAUUCUGUCUGCGUUCCCGAGGAACAUGCGUCUCCCGGAUCCGUUCACACCUAACUUGAAGGUGGAUCUGUUGGCCGAGAUAACUCUCCCACCGCGUGCGGUUAUCAACUACGCAAAUAUAAUACCGGCGUCGCAGUUCAAAAAGGACCUGGACGCGUAUAUCAAGGCCAGGGCUCCGGUUACAUUCCUAUCGGAACUGCGAAGUAACAUGCAGGUGAACGAGCCGGGUCGCAGGUACAACAGUCAGCUGAUGAACGCGGUUGUGCUAUAUGUAGGGACGCAGGCGAUAGCUUACAUCCGCGCCAAAGGACAGACGCCGAACAUGUCGACGAUAGCACAUUCAGCUCACAUGGAUAUAUUCCAGAAUUUCACCGUAGACUUUGACUAUGAGGGCCGGUAUCUCUUCUUGAACGCGAUCGCGAAUCAGCUCCGUUAUCCGAACAGUCAUACGCAUUACUUCAGUUGCUGCCUGCUGUAUCUAUUCGCGGAGGCUAACACGGAGGCUGUUCAAGAACAGAUUACAAGAAUGCUCCUAGAAAGGUUGAUAGUAAACCGGCCACAUCCCUGGGGUCUAUUGAUCACAUUCAUCGAACUCAUCAAGAAUCCGAUUUACAAAUUCUGGACACACGAAUUCGUACAUUGCGCGCCCGAGAUCGAAAACACCGGUGCUCUAAGCAGGUUGUUCGCGUCGGUCGCCCGCUCGUGCAUCGCGGACAAGGCAGGGGGGGAAAGGGAGAUGACCGAGCUUCCAGAUGGCGCAGCAGAGUCUUGCGUCAAUGCAGCAGCAGCAGCAACAGCAGCAGCAGCAGCAGCAACAGCAGCCCUCAACAUCACAGCCGGUCAAACAAUGGAAUAUGCUUUUCAAGAAGUAAAAACACCCACAGACUGA